AUGUCCACUUUCAACUCAUUUACAAACUCCUUCAAUAAGAGACUACAAGAAUUGUCCACCACCGUGUCUCAAAAGACACAAGAAUUCUCUACCAACAUGCCGGAUAUUAAUUCUUUGGCUCAAUCCACUCAACGUAUGGUCCAAGAAAGAUUAGGCCAAGUAACAGAUAUCUCUCAAUUACCAGAAGAAUAUUUACAAUUGGAAAGGAAAAUCGAUACCAUUAAAUCUGUUUAUGAUAAUUUCUUAUCUGUUACUAACACUUUUGAACAUCAAUCUUAUGAUUAUCCAAACGUCGCUAGAGAAUCUGUCAUUGAAUUUUCCAAAAGUGCUGUUUCUAAAGUCGAAGAAUUAUCUCAUGCUACUUCGGCUUCUGAAGCUCAACAAAUCUUAACUAAUAAUUCGAAUCAAAUUAAAGAGCCAAAAACUUUGAAUUAUGCCUUAAGUAAGGCCUCUUUAAUUUCUAGUGAACAACUAAAUAAACAAUUCUCUACUGAUGAUGACAAUAAUAGUAAUUCCGAUUUCAAACUUGUUUCAUCAAUCUUAUUGAAAUUUAGUGACAUUCAAGCAAAGAUUGCUCAAGCAAGAUUACAACAAGAUUUAUUAAUUAAACAAAAAUUUAACAAUAAUUUAAGAAAUGAUUUAAAUACAAGUUUUGAAAGAGCUCAAAAAGUUAGAAAAGAUGUUCAAAAUAAAAGAUUACAAUAUGACGUGGCAAGAACUAAUUUAUUAAAUGCUAAACCGGAAAAGGAAGCUUCAUUAAGAGUUCAAAUGGAAUUAUUAGAAGAUCAAUUCGCUCAAGCUACUGAACAUGCCACCUUGGUCAUGAAUGAAAUUAUCGAAAAUUCAAAUUUUAUGGAAUAUUUAAAUGAAUUGGCUAGGGCUCAAUUAGCUUAUUAUCAAUUAUCUUCUAAUAUAAUGAAUGAUUUUGUGAAAAACAUUGGUAAUAAUAGUGGUAUACCAACUUCAACUACUACUGCUACUACUACUACUGCCACUUCUAAUGAUGAUACCGCAACACAAUCAACGACGAAGAUGGAUGCUUCCAAUACUCCUAUCAAUUUAGAUGACAACUUAGAUGAUGAGGAUGACGAAUGA